CACAAUGGUGGAAAAAGUGAAGCCCUUUUUCGCGGAGAAGGAGGAGCAGAAGGAGGAGAAGGAGGAGCAGGAGGAGGAGAGGGCGUCGUGGGAAGUGACUACAUCGGAUCUUUCAGGUCGUCAAAGAACAGAAACCUUCGACUCGAUCUUCGUCUGUACGGGGCACUACUCCGACCCUCACAUCCCUCACAUCCCAGGGAUGGACCACUUCAAAGGCACGGUGCUCCACAGUCAUUCGUACAGGUACGCCGAGCCGUUCUCGGGUCAGUCGGUGCUGGUUCUGGGAGCCAAAGCUUCGGGACUGGACAUCUCCAUCGAACUGGCCAGAGUCGGUGCUCAGGUGACCCUGAGUCACGGCCAGCCUCCCCUCACCUGUCCUCUACCUGUCGGGGUCCAUCAGUCCAGCCCUGUGGUAUCGGUGGACCAGGACGGCAGCCUCCGCCUCCAGGACGGCUCCGCGGUCGCCGCCGAGGUGCUGAUGUUCUGCACCGGCUACAAGUACCGGUUCCCCUUCCUGGACGGGCCUCAGCUGGGCGUGCAGCUGGAGGACCACCAUCUGGCGCCGCUGUACCGCCACCUGAUGCCGCCGGCCUUCCCCUCGCUCUUCUUCAUUGGCAUGUGCAAGCUCAUCUGCCCCUUCCCCAACUUCCACUGCCAGGUGCAGUUCGCUCUGGCCGUGCUGGACGGCUCCGUUUCGCUGCCUCCUCGGGUCCAGAGGGAGGACGAGGCCCGGCGGGCGCUGCAGGAGAAGGAGGCGCGAGGCGUGGAGCGGCGCCACCUGCUGGUGAUGCAGACGGAGCAGUGGGAGUACUGCCGUGAGCUGGCUCACGCCGCCGGCUUCUCGCCGCUGCCGCCCGCCGUGCGCAGCCUGUAUGAGGAGGUGUGGCGGCGGCGGAGAGAAGACUCCCAGAACUACCGCGCACGCAACUACCGGCUGGUCGGGGCGGAGCGGUGGGAGCAGGUCCAAUGAUACCAUGAGGGACAGUCCUCUAGACGGCAUGUCCUCUGGACGGCAUGUCCUCUAGACGGCAUGUCCUCUAGACGGCAUGUCCUCUAGACGGCAUGUCCUCUAGACGGCAUG